GAGGUGUCUCCUCCGCCGGGGCCUCAGGAGACCUGGGCGAGCUCGGUGACAGCUCAGGGGCCGCCAUGUCAGCGAGUGGGGCAGGGGAUGGACCCGGAGGCCGGCCGUAGCCCUCCUUUCGUCUCCGUUUCCCAGGUAUGGAAAGGACUUUAAUGACACUUGAACGGUUCGGCAGAGGAUGCUCUAAUGGAUGACAGUGAAACCCCUCCAUAUAACCUGCACGUAGAACGGCAAGAUGGGUGUCCAGGUGGUGGCAGCGUGGAGGGGACAGCGGUAAACUUGCCUGCUGUAUCAGAUGAGAACGAAAACCAGCUGGCUGGGGAAGGACGUGAGCGCCUGACUGGCGGAGAUGGUGCUAUGGGCAGAGCACAGGUGUCUGAUCAGGACAGCUUGAACAAUAAUGAAAGCUGCCAGUCAUUCUGUGAGGUGGCUGUGGGGGAGAACGCAGAAAACAUCCCUGCUGAGAGCCUCACGGGCCCACAAGGUUUCUUGGAAAAGGACUCAAUAGUAGCUGGACAAAGGAACUCAAGGAGCCAAAAAGGCACAGCUAAGAAGGCCCCAUCAGGACUCUCUUCAGGGGAUGGUGCACCUUCCAUGCUGGAACAGACAGGAGGUGCAGCCCCAUGUGCUGUUGGUGAUGACGAGGCUGAAGUUAAUGCUAACGAGCAGCCGGAGGCUCCGAAGCUGGUUCUGCAGUCUCUGUUCUCCCUGAUACGAGGCGAAGUGGAACAGCUGGAUUCCAGGGCACUUCCGCUUUGCCUUCAUCAGAUAGCAGAGUCUUAUUUCCAGGAAGAAGACUAUGAAAAAGCAAUGAUGUUCAUUCAACUUGAACGAUUGUAUCAUGAGCAACUGCUAGCAAAUCUUUCUGCCAUCCAAGAACAGUGGGAAACAAAAUGGAAAACUGUACAACCACAUAUGAUUACACCUCAGAGGAAUUCAGAAAAAGGAUUUAAUGGUGAAGAUUUUGAACGGCUUAUUAAACUUUGUACAACACAUCAAGACCCUCUUUUUUCCAAACAUAAGAGAGCUGCUGCAGAGAAGUGUCUGGGAAGAAAAUGCUUCACACAGUUAGUGGUGUCUGAAGGCGCAGAAGAACCAGGCAGGGGCUCAGACAGUGAAACUUCUUUGGGCAUGGAACCAGGUGAAGAAAGCCAGCAUAAAGGGAAGGCCCAGGACAGCAGCCCCUGCUGUAAUCGAAUGGGACCUGCAGAUUUCUCCAGCCUUCCUGCAACUACAGGGACAGACCACCAGGCGGAGCCGCUCCUCAGCCCUGAAGCCACACCAGAGCUCCACACCCAGCCCUCAGAGGCAGCCAGGAGCAGGUCCCAGCCAGGCUCGCCUGAGAAUCAGGAUGACUGCUGCUUACCACCGGCUGAAACGGAGGCCUGCAAAGAUGUAACCAGAACAGGAGGCACUGCCAAAGGCCCUAACGUGUUACUUUCCAACGAGUCACUCAGAGAGGCGUUGGUUUUACCAGGCUCUGACCAUAUACCUCCUACUUUGGCUUCAGCGGGGAAAUGCCCACAGACUGAAAGAAAGGAACUCCUGUUGCCUCUUCAUGAUGCAUCUGAGGCGUUGCCCAAAGACCAGCUUGAGAACAAUGAAUUAAAUGAGCUGCAGCAACCUGACCUCACCGACAGUGAUGGAAAAUCACAGACGGACUCAGAUGGCUCUGAGAGUGAACUGUGUGAGAAAAAUAAAAGACCUGACCUGAGCACAGCUCUGCCAGAAGUGUAUAUGGCCCCCGAGGGAACGGGAGAAGAGGACAGUCAAGUCAGCAAAGAAACAGAAGACUAUUUGAACAGCCUUCUAGAAGGAUGUUUAAAAUACACUGAGGAUUCUUUCCCAUAUGAGGACACUCAAGAGGAAGAUUCAGAUCUCCUUCCAGACCUUUCUCCUGAUGAGGCAUCCUACAGCUUACAGGAGGACCUGCCUUCUGAUGACAGCUGCCUUUCUCUUGAUGACCUCGCGAAAAGGAUAGAGAUUGCAGAGAUCGUUCCUGCUGAAGGCUUAGUCUCCAUAUUAAAGAAGAGGAGUGACACUGCAGGAAGUCAGCCAUCCCAAAUGCAGCAGAAGCCAUCCAAGCGAAGAGUGAGGUUCCAGGAAAUAGACGAGAACUUGGAUCAAGAUGAAGGCGGUGGCGGCUCCUGUAUUUUGCUGAUCUUACUGUGCAUAGUGACUGUUUUCCUCAGCAUUGGAGGAACGGCCUUGUACUGCACUUUCGGUGACAUGGAGUCACCCGUUUGCACAGACUUCGCAGAUAACAUGGACUUCUAUUACACCAAGUUUCUGCAGGGAAUGGCAGGAAUUAAGCACUGGAUCUACCUCUCCUAG